AGACACAAUUUCGCCCAAGGUGUAAAUAAAAGAACAAAUGGACUGCCCAUAAAAUAAACAAUAAAAGAGAGAGAGAGAGAGAGAGAGAGAGAGAGAGCAAUGGACUACCUGAUUCUUGGCCAAUUUACAAUUUUACAGCGCCCAAUUUCGUCUUUUCCUUUCUGCUAUGUGCUGUUUCCUGCGACCAAACGAAUCCUUAAAUUUCACUAAAGGCAGUUCUACUGCAAUCCCACUAUCCAUGGAGCUUUCUUUUUGCUAAUUUAGGUCCAAAGCUCCUGUUCCGCUUUACCCUGCAAUGCUUCUUUCUACAAUUCCAACGGUUAAUUAUUCGUACAGAAUUUGCAAAUUUGUUCGUUUCUUCGUCCUGCGCUCUAAGAAACGUAGAUUUUAUUGAAGAGAUCAAUACCCAUGACUGUGAUUACAUCGAAUUACAGUGUAGAAUUUAGAAUUAUGCUACCUCGGGUUACUAGAGAAAAAUCUAGAAACUUCGAUUUCCAUGAGAAAUGUACCCAGAAAAUCUACUGUGCGUUCACAAUGCUUUUGAUUUCCUGUUUUUAAGACAUCAUGAAACGUGUCGUGGGAAGAGUUGGUUUAGGUUUAUCUUGGGAUGAAAAGACUUGGGCCGGCUUCUAAUACCUGAAAUUUCAAUAUGCUUCUUGAUAGGAUGUCAUCCCUUCGUAAGCUGAAAAAUGCUUUCUUUAUUGACAAAGAGAUAUGUGAAAGUGGGUUUGCAGGCCUUUUAAUUUACGUCGUUGUCAAAAAUCGCCUGAAUUGCAGAGUUUGAAACUUUUGAUUGUUCACUCGAUGUGUUUCGGUUAUUAUUUAUUUUAAAUGUCGUGUUGUAUGGCCACAGAAGAGAAAUUUUUAUGUAGUAAAUGUUGGCGUGGGCCGUGGCUCUCACAAAGAAGAAAACUCCUAGCCGGAAAUAAACGAAAGGAAAAAAUAAAAUAAAAUAACAAAAAUGAGAAGGUAUUUAAUGUUUCAAACGACAUUAACAAACAGAGGUCCGCAACUCUCGGUUUAUAAUUCAUGAAACCCAAAAAUCUCCAUUGGCACCAAAACCAUAAUGCUCGUUAUGUUUGUCUCUUUCUAGACGUGAAAACUUCCUUAGAAAAAUUCAGCGAGGAAGAUCAAUGAUAUUGUAGGAUCACCGUUUCAGAUUUCCCAACAAUUCUGUUUUCUUUCACCAUUUUCAUGUGGUUUCUUCUGGAGGAAGCUGAUUUUGACGCCUAAUUGUCAGAGGUAGAGGGAGAGAGAGUUUGUGUGAGAGCUGAGCAAAGGAUCCUGUUUGAUGAUCUGGGUGUUUGUGGGAAGGGUAAAGGUUUGAAGAUUUAAGAAAAGUUUGUAUCGAACAUUUAUUGGGCUACGAUCAGAAAUGGGUGUUGAUUACUACAAAGUAUUGAUGGUGAACGGGAAUGCUACCGAUGAAGAUCUCAAGAAGGCUUAUAGGAGAUUGGCAAUGAAAUGGCAUCCUGACAAGAACCCCACAAACAAGAAAGAAGCCGAAGCCAAAUUCAAGCAGAUCUCCGAAGCCUAUGAGGUAUUGAGUGACCCGCAGAAGAGGGCUAUUUAUGAUCAGUAUGGUGAGGAAGGGUUGAAAGAUAUGCCACCAUCUGGCAGUGGUGGGUUCCCAUUUGGAAAUGGCUGUGGGGAAAGUGGGUUCAACCCUAGGAAUGCAGAGGACAUUUUUGCAGAAUUCUUUGGAAGUAGCCCUUUUGGAUUCGGUUCUUCAGGACCUGGGAGGUCUAUGAGGUUCCCGUCUGAUGGCUCAGGGAUCUUUGGAGGGUUCAGUGGGAGUGACAAUAUAUUUCGAACAAAUAGUGAGGGCAGCAUGCCAAAGAAACCACCACCUGUGGAGAGCAAACUGCCAUGCAGCCUUGCAGAGCUUUACUCUGGAUCAACAAGGAAAAUGAAGAUUUCAAGGACUGUUGUUGAUGCUAAUGGGCGACAAGUGCCAGAAACAGAGAUAUUGACCAUUGAUGUGAAGCCUGGAUGGAAGAAAGGAACCAAGAUCACUUUCCCAGACAAAGGAAAUGAACAGCAUAACCAGCUCCCAGCAGACCUGGUGUUUGUGAUUGAUGAGAAACCCCAUGAUGUAUACAAAAGAGAUGGGAAUGACCUCAUUGUGAACCAAAGAGUGUCGUUGGCCGAGGCACUGGGAGGGACCACGGUUAAUCUCGUCACGCUUGAUGGCCGUAAUUUAUCAAUUCCGGUGACUGACAUUGUGAGCCCAAGUUAUGAGUUUGUCGUUGCAAGAGAGGGAAUGCCAAUAGUGAAAGAGCCAGGUAAUAGAGGCGAUUUGAGGAUAAAAUUUGAGGUGAAGUUUCCUACGAGAUUGACACCUGAGCAAAGAGUAGGCCUUAAGCGUGCUUUGGGGGGUUGAGUUGAGGACCUUGUUAUCUUUUUUCUACAUCUAUUUGACACUAAUUUGGGGACAUCAAUGAAACCCACUCGAAAAAAUUAAAGUUGCAUUAUAUCCAAGAGAUCCACUUUGGUGUUAGAACACUCGGAGAGAGAUGCCAGCGUACUGAGAAAUUAUUCCCAAAUACCUUUCCUCUUUGUAUUUUUACUGGUUUUUACCAGGCUGUUGUGCUAUGUAUCCUUCUUUCUUUGUGACUAUUUUUGCUCUUUCUUCCCCUUGUGAUCUUCCUGGAUGGAGUUUUGCUAUAUACAAACACGAUCUUGUAAUAA